CGUCCCCUUAAGAAGGAUCGCUCGAUCUCCCACGCAAGGGCAUUCGACCGUUCUUGAGACCACCCCUCAAAGCAGCACGUUCAAUCACAGGGCGCUGUUCAGCUCAAGGUUCAGAAGCAGGUCUUCUGGUCUAUCACCCUCUGUGCACCGCUAUAUAGUCUAUCCAACGCUGCUCGUCCAUCCUCAUUACAGGCAGAGCCGACAGCGCUCUACCAUCGUAGUACAAUUUGCUAUAUUUGACAGGCUCUAGAGCGACCUCUCACACCAGGCUUUGAUAGCCAUCUCUCGCCCAAGCCACAAAGACGCUCGAGAUGUUUCACUUUGACCGACGCAGGCUUUGCUUCAGCAGACCAUCCGUGGGCAUUCUUCUGUUCACGCCUGCCAUCACAAUCCUUGCCGCCAUCGAGACCGCAUGGGCCACAUUCGACCUCAUCAGGGUGCAUGGCACCGCUGGCAGCUUCUACCGCUUCUGCGGGGUCGUGGCGAUCAUCGCAAUGUGGACGCUUGUCAUCGGUGCCCCUGUCGGCUUUAUCGGUGUAGCUAUCCGUAGCCGAAAGAUCUCCACGGCCUGGUGGCACCUAGCGACCUGGCACGCAGUAUUCACCACCGUCGGGGGUGUUAUCAAGACCAUCGCUCUCCUCGCAAAUCGAUCCGGCUGGCUGAAUCUUUGCAACGCUGAGCACCAAUACCUGUUCGAUGGUAUGAUCAGUUGCAAGCGCUAUUGGCGCAUUCGUAUGCUAGGACACGUCAUCGUGUACUUUGGGCUAUGCUCCCUCCUGAUCAUGAGCGCUAUGCUACUCACCGGAUUUGUUGCGGAACUUGCCAAGAGCGACGAAGGUCAUCAAGAAUUCAUCGUGGUGGACAAUAGUCGACGUGGUGACAACAUUGGUCUCACGCGCACCUGCGCUGGUGGCGGUGCUGAUAGUCGUGCACGCUUCGUCGCGCCCCAUCUCCCACGACCAGCUCCUCAAAGAGCCGAUUCUGCCCGAUCAGAAGACGCGCCCGUGACUGCGGACCAAGUCAUCGAAGGCCUUCCGUCUGGCACCUUCACCGAGAUCCCUCUCUCUGAGAAGAAAAUCGUCGACUCGCGCUCGUCUUCCUUCUCACCGGAUACCAAUCCUUUCGCGGACAAGGCCUUCGAUCAGGAAUGCUUGCCUCCUCCUGCCUUUGAGGCGAUCCACCCGACACAUGCAGCCGGGGCCAAGGCAGCUGCUGCAGAGAAUGCCAAGGUGCAAGUUCCUGAGACGGCACAUCUUCCAGACACCAAGCUCGAUGGCUAGAUGGUGCAAUGUGGCCGCAUUGGAAUUGCGAAGAGGCCACGCAGACCAUCAUCCUCUUGACUUUGUCAGACUGCAGCGUUGCCCUUCAGAAAAUCACGCAGA